AUGGAGCAGAAUUUGAAGUUAAGCAAGUUUCAAGGAAAAUUAUUGUCUGAUCCUGGAGUGUACAAAAGGUUGGUGGGUAGGUUGUUAUAUCUAACUAUCACUAGACCAGAUAUAGCAUACCCUAUUCAUAUGCUGAGUCAGUUUAUGUCCAAACCUGGGAAGCCUCAUUUAGAUGCAGCUUAUAAGGUGUUGCAGUACAUAAAGGAGUGUCCUGGUCAAGGAAUUUUUCUAUCAGCCUCAUUAGAUUUUCAUUUGAAAGCAUACACAGAUGCUAAUUGGGCAUCUUUCAUAGAUACCAAAAGGUUAACCACAGGGUAUUGCAUAUUUUUGGGUGAUUCUCUAAUCUCUUGGAAGUCUAUUAAACAGUCUAUAGUGUCUAGAUCUUCUGCAGAAGCAGAAUAUAGAGCUAUGGUCGUCACAGUUUGUGAAAUGACUUGGCUGUUGGCAUUAUUAAAGGAUUUGGAGAUUUAUCAUCCUCAACCUGCUCUAUUAUUUUGUGACAAUCAAGCAACCAUUUAA